AUGACGAUCACACUUGAAGAUGUCUCAACAUUACUCUACUUGCCUGUAGAGGGUGAGUUCUUCUCGUUUGGUAACCCGACUAGGGAAGAGGCGGCUCCUGAGGUUGCUCAGUUACUUGAUGUGGACAUUGAGCUUGUGAUGGAGGAGUUUGAUGCUUGUAGAGGUCCAUCUCUUCGCUUUAGCUUUCUCCAUGAUAUUGUGGAGAAACACGUAGCGGCCAACAAUGAAGUUCCUGCAUGCCGAGCUUACAUGCUGCGGUUGAUUGGCAUGACCAUUUUCUGUGACAAGAGCAACAUAUAUAUUGGUGCUGUGUAUUUGUCUCUGUUUGAAGAUGUUAAGAAUGCAUCAAGAUGGAACUGGGGAGCUGCCACUUUGGCUUACUUGUAUGGUCAGCUCGGGGAGGCCAGCAGGAACGGUGCUAAGUCUGUUGCUGGUUAUUUAUCUCUUCUGCAGUCAUGGGUGUUUGCCCACUUUCCCGGAUCCUUGUUUGAGCGCAGGGACAACCCUGCCUACACGCCAGACAGGCUCGUUGCACUAACUUGGGAGGCGCUUCGAGGGACUACUGAGGUUGCGCAGAAGAGGAUGAACCUGGACACGUUUCUGGCCAGUUCUGAUAUUUGGAGACCUAAUGUAGAGCAUUAUGCUCACUGGCCCUUCCCUCAGGUUGCCUUGUAUAGGGGAUUUAUCAGGCAUGCCGGGAUGAUAUUCUCAUACCUCCCAGAUCGAGUCAUCAGGCAGUUUGGCAGGAUCCAGUAUGUGCCAUAUGCCCCACCAUCGUCAGUUACGUGCCGGUAG